GCUCAGACGCGCCCUUCUGUCCCUCGACAGCUGGGUGAAAAUGUCGAACUCGGCGGUGGCAGGAUGAUGUCCCUUUGUACCCCUUGCGGACGUUAGGGCUGGAGCCGGGAAACGGUUGCAGAUAUGGAAGAAAUGGUAAUUUGGGAGCAGUAUACCAUCACGCUGAACAGAGAUACCCGAAAGGGAUUUGGCAUUGCCAUCUCAGGAGGGAGGGAUCGUCCAAGCAGCGUUGACAGAGACACCUCGAUCGUGGUCUCUGAUGUGGUGCCGGGGGGGCCGGCUGAAGGCCGCCUCCAGACCCGGGACAAAAUCGCCAUGGUGAACGGGCUCUCCAUGGAAAACGUGUCGUCAUCUUUCGCCAUCCAGACAUUGAAAACCUGCGGCAAGUUGGCCAAUAUUACGGUAAAAAGACCUCGAAAGGUGCACCUCCCGGUGACCAAAUCCAGUACCCUGAAAACCACGCCUCUCUCCGUUCCUGCCCCACGCUCACCCGACAGCCGGAACGACGACUCAGACGAGGAGUACGGCUACCGGGGUGGCGAGCCGCUUCCAGCGAGCAAACCCAGCGGCUACACCCGUCCCCAGGCCGAGGCGGAUUACUACCGGGGUUACGACGGGGACUCCUCCAGCGAGAGGAGCUCUGGGCGCCAUCGGGAUGAGGAAGAUGCCCCCCGCAGGCACCCCGUCCGGAACAGGAGGCGGAACCAAGAGGCCGGCCACCGGAGACGGAGCCAAGGGAGCGGAUCCGACGGGCAGUCAUACACCAACGGGUACAGCCACAGAGGCAACGCCAGCGGGCUGGUGCUGGUGUCCGGGUUCAAGAGGUUGCCGCAGCAGGACGUCCCGAUGAAACCUGUCCGCUCGGUUUUGGUCAAAAACACGGAGAAUGAAGAAUACGGCUUGAGGCUGGGCAGCCAGAUUUUCAUCAAACACAUCACGGAUACGGGAUUAGCAGCAAAGGAUUCUUCUCUGCAAGAGGGGGACCUCAUUCUGAAGAUCAACGGUGUGGCCAGCGAGAAUAUGUCCCUGGAGGAGACGCGGCAGCUGAUUGAGCAAUCAGAGGGCAGGCUCACCUUGCUCGUCUUGCGGGAUAAGAGCCAAUUCUUGGUCAAUAUCCCCCAAGUGAGAGACAGUGAAAGCGGAAGUUCCCACCUGGACGACAUCUCUGAUCUCGGCUCCGACAUUUCACCGCCACCUCCCGAAGGGAGCGCACCCCACUCCCCGGAAUCUCCCCUGAGGAAUUCCCUUCCGUCUAAGAGAAGUUCCAGCAGGGAACAGCAGCCAGCUGCAGAGUUGAUGACAGCCCCAGUCUUUGAUGUCCAGGAGGCCGCUGAGGACUAUGACACCCACCACAUCACUUCAGUCCCCCAAAGUGGUGGUGAUAAUGGGUACAGCCCCAAUUCCAAAGUGGUCAGUUUCAUCAAAGCAAGGAGUAUCGGCCUCCGGCUUGCCGGCGGCAAUGAUGUUGGGAUAUUUGUUGCCGGGGUGCAGGAUGGCAGCCCCGCUGAGAUGCAAGGGAUUGAAGAAGGUGAUCAAAUUCUUCAGGUGAACGAGAGACUCUUCCAUAAUAUGACCCGCGAGGAGGCUGUGCAAUACCUCCUAGAGCUGACGCCAGGGGAAGAGGUGUCGCUACACGUCCAAAAUAAGCAGGACCUCUACAGGAAGAUGAUCAAGUCCAGCGUGGGCGACUCGUUCUACAUCCGCACCCAUUUUGAUUUUGAGAAGGACACGCCGUCCGGGCUGAGCUUCACCCGCGGCGAGGUCUUCCAUGUGGUGGACACGAUGUACCGGGGCAAGAUGGGGAGCUGGCUAGCCAUGAGAAUGGGCAAAGAGCUCCAAGAAUUGGACAAAGGUAUCAUUCCAAACAGGAGCAGGGCGGAGCAGAUCGCGAGUCUGGAAUCGGUCCUCAAAGCCGCGUCGGGCGUCUCCGGUUCCUCCGGGGCCCGGGCCGAAUUCUGGAAGCUGCGGGGCCUGCGUGGGGCCAAGAAGACUUUGCGGAAGAGCCGGGAAGACCUCUCGGCCCUCACCAAGCAAGGGCGCUACCCGCCGUACGAGAGGGUCGUGCUCAAAGAAGCGACUUUUAAGCGGCCUGUGGUGAUCCUAGGACCAAUUGCUGAUAUCGCGAUGCAGAAGCUGAGCACUGAGAUGCCGGAUCAGUUUGAGAUUGCGGAGAGCGUCGCCAGAGAAGGUGGGUCGGCCAAAGUCAUCAAGCUGGACUCGGUGUGGCGAAUUACAAAGCAGGAGAAGCAUGCGCUGCUGGACAUCACGCCGGCAGCGGUGGAGCGCCUCAACUACGUGCAGUACUUCCCCAUCGUGGUCUUCUGCGAGCCGGACAGCCGGCAGGGCAUCAAGGCCAUGCGUCAGUGGCUGGCCCCGGAGUCCAAGAAGAGCUCGCGCCGUCUCUAUGCCCAAGCCAACAAGAUGCACAAGUACUGCGGCCACCUCUUCACGGCCACCAUCAGCCUGGCCGGCGGCUCCAACACCUGGUACCAGGGCCUCAAAGACAUCAUCCGGAUCCAGCAGGGCCGACCCAUCUGGAUGACAGAAGAGCAGGUGGACUCCUCAGCCGAGGAAGGGCUGGAGAUACUCAACCAGAAUUCGGCCGCCAUCCCCGGCUACCUGACGUGUGACAGCCGCGCCAACAGCGACUACGAGGAGACGGAUGCCGAGGCCGAACCAUACACGGAUCUAGAACUUGAGGAGGCCUACCGGGAAACAGCCCUGGCCCGCUCCUCGGAACCGGCUGAGCAAAGCCUGGAACCGGACCUGAGCGAGCGUGUGGCGGCCGCAUUGGCCUACCCCGUUGAUUUGCACGACGGUGACCAGCAAGCCCAGGGACAGUGGAGGGAAGAGUACGACAUCAGGGGAUACGAACACGAAGCGCUCCGGAAGAAGUUCACCCAGGCCCGGGCGUACGAAUCGGAGUCGGACCAGGACUACGGAUACGACUGGGGUCCAGCCACAGACCUGUAGGAAACAGCCACCCCCGCGGUGAGGCGUCUUGCGAUGCUCUCGGGCGGAGAUGCCGUUUCCUCAGGGGUGAAGAAAACGGUCCAUGGCUGUUUCAGCUCUUCCAGAGAGGAGGGGGAUAGAUACAGUGGGGCAGAAGAGGAGGUGUUUUAUUACCCGUUGGAAGUUCUCACCAUCCGUCUGUGCCUUUUGAUGCUUCUGUUGAGGGAACUGCACCCCUUCUUUUUCUUUUUUUGGGGUUGUCCUAUCCCUGAGCAGCCAGAAAGAACAAUUCUUGAUCCCCAAUAGGCAGGUCUCCAGUGGGCUCUCUCUGCAGCCCGUCUCCUAUACGGGGAGCAAGCCUCAAGCCGGGGAUACAGUACCAUUCUGCCACCCCUUCAGCAAGUCUUGUAACUGCCUCAAGCCAGGGUUACAGUACCGUUGGGCUUCUUCCACACCUCCGAGACUUGUAACUGCCUCAAGCCAGGGUUACCGUUGGGUUUCUUCCACACCUCUGACAAGACUCGUAAUUGCCUCAAGCCGGGGCUUCUUCCACCCCUCCAACAAGACUUGGAAUUGCCUCAAGUCAGCAUGCAUCGGUUCAUUUUAUAAUCCCCUCACCCCCAGGCAGUUUGGGUUGACUUAAAAAAAGAAAAAAAAAAACCUCCAUUUUGGGGUGUCUAGCACAUGCACAGGGCCAGAGAGUGCCUUUGGCUUGCAGGUGUACCUCUCCCCUUCAU